ACACGGCGAGGAUAAAGCAAGAUGGCGUCUGACGGUGAAGACGUUAUUGCAGUCGUCACAGUUCAGUGUUCUUAAUCUGUGCCUCCAUGUACACAUAUAUGUCCUUUAUUAGACUCUUGUAAAUAGAGUAAACAUCGUUAAUAACUGUUUGCAUCCGGUUAUAUUAGUCUGAGCGCACUUUGACGUUUCUCGAGCUAACUUAACUUGCUAGUUAGCUUAGCUUGUUAGCUGCUAACAAAGAGAGGCAGAAGUGAUCAAAACACAUCACUAAGUAGAGAUCAAGUGUGAGUGUAAAGUGUUGUGAUUGUGUGAAAAUGUGCCAAAGAACGACAGCAGAGUACGAGGAGGAACUUUGUCCAACAAAAGAGGAGAAGGAGCGACAACAUGAAAAACAUCAAGUUGUGUUACACAGAACAGACAUCCAUCAGCCGAUUGAACACCAAGAAGAAUGUCUCCCUCAUCUGCAGGGGGACAGUUUCACUUUAGAAUAUCCACAGCCCUCACAUUUUAAAGGGGACAAGGGGGAUUCACAGCCCUUUUAUUUUAAAGAAGAAGAGGGGGGAGAGUGUCCUAUAGGGCAGGAGAAGGCUGAUGUCAGCAAGUUUCCACUGACUGUUGUCUCUGUGAAGACUGAAGAGCAUGAAGACAAACCACCUGAGUCCUCACAGCUUCAUCACAGUCCAAACGUUGAAGAAGAACCUCUACCCCAUGAGCAGGAGAAGGAACCACAGUCCCCCAACAUACGCGAGAAAGAAGAGGUACCACAUUCCCAGCACAGCAAAGAGGGAGGAGAGGAGCCACAUCCCCCCCACAUUAAAGAGGAAGGCGAGACGCCACAGACCCAUAAUGUUAAACUGACCCUUCACAUUAAAGGGCAAGCGGAGGACCCACUGAUCUUACACAUCAAAAAUGAAGAGGUGGACCCACUGACCCCUCACUUUAAGGAGCAAGAGAACCUGCUGACCGCUCACAUUAAAAAGGAAGAGGAGGACCCACUGACCCCCUACUUUAAAGAGGAAGAGGAGGACCAAGAGGCGCCGCACAUUAAAGAGGAAGAGGAGGACCAAGAGGUGCCGCACAUUAAAGAGGAAGAGGAGGACCAAGAGCCGCCGCACAUUAAAGAGGAAGAGGAGGACCAAGAGGUGCCGCACAUUAAAGAGGAAGAGGAGGACCAAGAGCCGCCGCACAUUAAAGAGGAAGAGGAGGAAGAGGGCAUCAGUCAGCCUAAAUGGUUGGAGGAGUUCCCAGUGACUGGUGUCCCUGUGAAGAGUGAAGAUGAUGAGGUGAAAGGUGAAAGUGAGGAGAGGGGAGGGGGGGAGCCUCCAAGCAGCAGCUCAACACAACACAUGACAACAGAAGCUGAUGGAGACCACUGUGGAGGAUCACAAGCAGACAAGCUCUUAGCUCCACUAUCAGAUAGUGAGGACACAACGUCACACUCUCCUGACACUGAUGAUGAAGACUCUAAAGAUGAUAAGACAUGUCACACUGACAACACUCACUUCGCAUGUUCUCACUGUCACAAAACUUUUAAAUACCAUUGUCGUCUGAAAAGACACAUGAGAACACACACUGGAGAAAAACCUUUCUCUUGUUCAAUCUGUAGUAAAGGUUAUGCACAAAGUCAGAAUUUGAAAAGACACAUGAAAACACACACUGGAGAAAACCUUUUUACCUGUUCAACCUGUGGUAAAGGUUUUACAGAAAGUCAACAUUUGAAAGUACACAUGAGAACACACACUGGUGAAAAACCUUUUUCAUGUUCAACCUGUGGUAAAGGUUUUACAGAAAGUCAGAAAUUGAAAGUACACAUGAGAACACACACUGGUGAAAAGCCUUUUUUCUGUUCAACCUGUGGUAAAGGUUUUGCACAAAGUCAGGAUGUGAAAAGACACAUGAGAACACACACUGGUGAAAAAGCUUUUUCCUGUUCGAUCUGUGGUAAAGGUUUUACAAGAAGUACAGAUGUGAAAAGACACAUGAAAACACACACUGGUAAAAAAUCACAUUCCUGUUCAAUCUGCAACAGAAUCUUUUGUCGACGACCAAACCUUGUAGCACACAUGAGAAAACACCCAGGAGAGAAAGUGUUGAGUUGCAGUGUGUGUGGUGAAAGAUUGUCUUCUAAGUACCAGUGUAAGAAACACAAGUGUGCUGGUGAGAACAGCAGCAGCAAAUGAAACUGCAGGAUUUGAAAUAAACUGUCCAGACUUUCAUUUUGACUUUCUAACAACAUCAGCACAUAUAACAUGUGUGACAUUGUUGUUUGUCUAACAAUCUGUUUAAUAUGAUCUUUACAUUUAUAGAUUACAUAGUUUGAAAUAUAAAAUUAUUACUUAUUUGUACUUCUAAUUGUUAAUAACCCCAUAGAUGAUCACCUUUAUAUGAUAUACAUAUGUACUGGUUCACAUCUGAAACAUCUUCUGGACCACUUCAGGAAGCAUAUUAUUAUUUACUUUAUACAUCAUUUAAACAGUUGUCUUUUAUACAAUUUUAAAAUGUGUGAUUUUAUGAAUCAUUUGUUGGGAAUCUGUAAUCCAUUUUAUUAUUAUCUUUAUUACUCUCUUUUGUAUUAUGAUAAUUGUGUUGUGAUUAUUUUAAAUGUAUGU